AUGAAGUACGCUCUUUCUUUGGCCGUGGCCACCGUCGUCUUUGGCGACUUGGCCGUUGCUGCUCCUGCUGCCCCCAAGGCUGCUUGUGCUCAGAUUGCAGAUGCCGCUGCUGCUGGCAAAACUGUGGUCAACGCCACCCUCGCCUACGCAUGUCUUACAUCGGUGCCGAUCAACCGCCAGAAUGCCCUAGAUCUGCUCGACUCCAUGCGUCCCUACAUGGACUGGCAGAGUGACACGCCAUGGAGAAGCAACCCUCCUGCGUCCUUUGGCUACCCUGCCCACGACAUGUACGCCGUCUUCGACACCGUGCGUGACAAUGUCGUCAACAACCGCUACACCAGCGAGUAUGCCUUCCAGGCCGACAUCAUGGGCAAGAUGUACAACCCUGCCCAUGACGGCCACAUGCUGAUCAUCCCCGAUGCCCUCGGCCGCGCCCUCCGAUUCGGUCGAUACGGCUAUGGUGGCCUCGUCUCGUUCUCUUCUGACGGCAAUGCCACGCCCCAGAUCAAGUUCAAGAACGAUGUCGACUCCAAGGGCGACCAGGCGCUCUCCAUCACCAAGAUCAACGGCAAGUCUGCCUCCGACUUUGUCUUGGGCAACUCUGCUCUUGCUGGUGGCAGCCAGGAUGUCGACGCCUCCUACAACACACAGUUUUACCAGCUUGCCCAAAAGGCAUCUUCUGGAGGUUACGGCGAGCACUCGCUCGGUGGCCGUGACGGCUUCAUGUACCAGGGUCAGUGGACAAACUACACCAUGAGCGACGGCACUGUGCGCAACGUGGAGAAUGUUGCCCUCAUCCAGGGCGACUUCAGCGGCAUCACCGAUGGCCAGUCCUUCUACAACCGCUUCUGCGAUCCCCUCUGGAACGAUAAGCAUGCUGCUGCUGCUGGCGGUGCUGCUGGUCCCGCCGCUGCUGUCACCCAGCUUCCCGGAUACCCCAAGCCUGUCGUCAUCUCUCGUGACGGUGUCGCAUCCGGCUACUACCUCGAGGGCAACGGCUACAACACCACCGCUGUCCUGACACUCACAUCCUUUGCUCCCAAGUCCAACUCGGACUUCCAGGAUGUCGUCUCGACCUUCUUGGCCAAGGCCGUCCGCGACGGCAAGACCAAGCUGAUUCUGGAUCUGCAGGCCAACGGCGGUGGUUUCAUCUACCUCGGCUACGAUCUCUUCCGCCAGCUGUUCCCCCAGAUCAUCCAGGAAGGUGAUUCGCGCUUCAAGUCUACCAAGACGUGGCAGGGCCUGGCCAAGAUGUACUCCAACUACGUCGACGACCACCCCAACGAAAACCUCAAGUCCAUUGCCUUUGCGUACCAAAACGACUUCAACUCGACCAACAAGCACUUUACCUCCAUCGAGGACAAGAGUGGCCCCUACACGUACCGUGACACAGGGUACACCAACCGCAUGCGCUACGACUUUGAGAACCUCAAGGGCGUUGGUGGCAUCACCGUUACCGGCUACGGCAACCGCACCAACGGCACGCAGCCCUUCCUCGCCGAGAACAUUGUCCUUCUGUACGACGGCUACUGCGCCUCGACCUGCACUAUUGUCUCCGAGCUGCUCCGUCUCCAGGCCGGCGUCAAGUCCGUCGUCUUUGGCGGCCGUCCCACCCGCGAUGCCAUGCAGGGCGUUGGCGGUGUCAAGGGCUCCAACAUUUACGCCUACAACGUCAUCAAGACCUUUGUCCAGGACGGUGUCAACCUGUCCACCGACCAGGACGACCAGGCCGACUUUGCGCGCUACAACGAUCUCGCCAUCAACCGCACACUUGCUGCCAGCCACAACGUGCGUGAUGCCAUCCUCCGCCCCAACUUUGCCGAUGGUAUGCCUGCCCAGUACGUCUACGAGGCUGCUGACUGCCGCAAGUACUGGACCAAGGCCAUGCUUGACGACUCCACUGCCAUCUGGAAGGCGACUGCUGACUCUGGCUUUGCCAAUGCGUCUUGCAUCAACGGCGGCAUCACGCGCAGCGCUAGGCAUGCUCGUGGUGUUUUGCCUCCUUUUGUUCCUCAGAUCACCAAGCCUAUUGAGGAUGCUACGCAUUUCUUGGUGAAUGACAACUACAAGGUCGAUGAUCUUAGCCCCAAGUUUAUUUCUCUCUGGGAGCAAAAGGUCGAGAGCUUGAUUCCCGAUGUGGGCAAGGACUUGUUGGCGUAGACGUGAUGGACAUGAGAAAUAGUUUGAUAUUUUGUACAUUUUUGUAAAUACACAUU